AUGGAUUGGAUAUCGCAUAUUCCCCGAGAUUUGCAGGAGCGGGUGCAUGAGACUAUACAGAAAGAACCUUCGAGUCAACAGGUAUUUACGGACUUGUACACAUUUUUAGUGGAAGACUCAAACAAACGAAGGAAGCUUCAUAGUAGUAAUGGCCAACAACAACAACAACAAGAAGAAGAAGAUAAUGAAGAAUCUGGCUUUGAGGAAACCGCUGGUUCUGCCUUUGAAGAACUCGAGCCUUCGUCAUCUGUGCAUCCAGACUCGGUUAUUUUCGAUAUACAGCAAAUCUCAUUCGCAUCACCAUUACGAAAGAGAAUGAACUUGACUUUUCAUUUGAUAGAACAGAAUGGGCAAGCCGUUCCCAUCUUGUCAAUAGUGAACCCGGCUAAUGACUCACCGGAAAUUUCUUUUAUAAACUUACGACAAGCCGUGAAAUUGUGUGUUAUAUUGCCAAUAUUGGGUAAUUCUACCAAUGCUCAAAAAAAGGGUGUUUCGUUGCUAUGUUUCUGGAUGCACGAACUGUACUACACCGACUCUAAUGUUUCCAAAGAUCCAGUUAUAUGUCAGUUAAAUUUGGACGCAAUAAAGAAACAGAUGAUUAAGAAUGGAAAACUACCAGCGGAUAUUGAAAAUCAAUUCGACGUGUCGAGCUAUAAAAACGAUGUAGUACUCAACCCUAUUCAAGAGAGAAUAAUUGAUUAUUUCAAGAGGCAAUUCAAAUUAUGCGGAAUCAACUUGAUCAGCUACUUGCCAUCUAACACUAUAUUUAAAAACAGGUUUAUUGUUAAUGAGGAUACUGCGAUUGCAAUUACAUCUGGCAAUUCCACGUCACCUUCGAUAAUUAUGGUUGAGUGCCAUAAAGGUGCCCGGGAUGGUAAUUUGAUUUUCUUAGAACAAAACGAACACAAUCCAGCAUAUUUGAUUUUUGCAUUUAAGAAGCCCAUCUUGGUUUUUGGAAUGUCAAAAGUUUUAAAAGCCAGUUACACAAGUAUAACCAAACACACUUUCAGCUUGAACGUUGUUGUUUUGAAUGAUAGGGAUGAAGAAAGACCAAUUGAGUUUAGCAUGAUUGAUCAGGCGUACUUUCAAUUGAUUGAUGAGUUUAUGAGAUCCCACGGAAUAAGUGAUGAUUCCUAUAACGAUGACAAUAAGGAAAAAAUUGAUACCAAAAACAAUAAUGGUGGAAGCACUGCUAACGUGGCAGGAGAAGCAGGCGCUGCUGCAAUAGGUGCUGGUGGUGGUGAUGAAGAAGACGACGAGGACGAGGACGAUGGCGAUUUUGAAGGAGGUAAUGAGAUUGAGAGCGAUGUGGCCGAAGAAUACGAUAGUGCUUUGGAAAGUGUUCAAGAAGACCAAGGAGCUACUGACGACGAUGUAUUUACGAAAUCUAAAGAGGAAUAA